UUUAGUUACCUGCUGUUUUAGGAAUUUGGGGAGAAAUGGGUUUGGACGAAGUCACAUUUUCUUGCACGAUUUUAAAAAAAAAUGUGCUGAAACAGAAGAAAAAAAUGACAAAUCAUCGACAAUAUGUUGUAUCCACCAAAGAGAAUAUUUUUAACGCAAGAAAAAGCAGAGAAGAUAACAGAUUGACGCUAAUGAUGGUAAUGAUAUUUGUUUGUUUUCUCGUUUGUUUUUUACCACUUAUGCUAGCAAAUGUGGUUGAUGAUGAACGAAAUACCUCCUAUCCGUGGUUACACAUUGUUGCAUCUGUAAUGGCAUGGGCAUCGAGUGUAAUAAAUCCUAUUAUUUACGCUGCUAGCAAUAGAAACUACAGAAUCGCAUAUAUCAAAGUCUUUUCAAAUUUAAAGUUUUGGGGAGAGCCGAUAUCUCCUAUGCCAAGCAAAAGCUUUCAAGCCAGUAAAAACUCCAAAGACUUUUCCGCCGCAGUUCGAAGCACACCGUUAUUUCAGACAACAAAACUAAAGAAUUUUAAUGAAGGAUGUGAAAAUUAUUCAAUUUAAACAUUUCGAAUUAAAUAUAAAUUAUAAAGUUUUCAAACUGUACCCUAGAAAUAGAAAAUACUAUAAAAUGUUACACCAUAUAGUUAUAUAUAGGCUAAUCUGAAGCGGUUCAGGAAAUUAAAAACACUUGAGAGAACUUAACUCUUUCACUGAGCUGAACGAGGAUAAUA